AUGGGGGAAGGGAGCAAGGAUGGACACGGGAGGGAGGAGGAGAGGGAGAGGGAGGAGAAGGAGAGGAAGAGUGACAGAGAUAGGAAGAAAGACAGAGAUGAUCGAGAUCGAAAGUCAUCCCGAAGAUCCCGCUCCAGAUCGAGAUCGAGGGAAAGGAGGAGGAGGAGCAGGAGCCCCGACCGGAAGAAGGAUCGGGAUCGACGAUCUCGCUCUCGCUCGCGAGACAGGAGAAAACGGAGCAGAAGCCCCGACAGGCACAAGAAGAAGGACAAAGACCGGCGAAGAUCCAGGAGCAGGUCCAGGAGCAGAUCUCGAGACAAGGAUGAAAAGAAGAGGAAGCGGGACGAAGAGAAGGAGAAGCAGAAGGAGAGGGAGAGGGAGAGAGAGAAAGAGAGGGAGGGAGAGAAGGAGACGACAAAAGAAAGUGAAGACAAAGAAACAGAAAAGGCCGUGGAUAAGGAGAGAGAGAAAGAACUUGAAAAGGAAAAGGAGGUUGAGGAGGAGAAGAGGAAAGAGGCAGAACUGGAGCAGAAACGGAAGGAGCAAGAGGAGCUAGAAGAACAGAUGAGAAUCAGGAGAGAGAGAGUGGCUAAAUGGCGCGAAGAGCAAAACAAGUCAUCGGGAAAUGCUGAGGAGGGUGCUGGCACCGAAAGUCAUGACACCGAGAUGGUGGAAGCAACGGAGAUGGUCGAAGAAGAGACGAGCCAGCAGAAGCAGCAGAUGGCGGAAGAGAACUACUUUGAUAAAGACGACGACGACGAGGAAGAGAUGAAGCCUGCAGCCAUGGAGGAAGCCGGCGCUACUGAACCCCAGACGAAUGAAGGAGCUGGUAAGGCGGAGGAGGAAGAGGAGGAUCCCCUCGAGGCCUACAUGAAAUCCGUGAAUUCUGAAGUGAAACAGCUCGAGGAGGUAGACAAGAAACGGAUGAGCAACGUUGUGGACAUGGACUCUAUUCUGAAGAUGAACAAGAAUCAAGGUAGUGCAAACCAAGGGAAGUCCAGGUCCAUGGAAGGAUUGGGGGUUAGGAUGGAAGUUGAAGACAGUAUUCCCGACCUCGAUGAAGAAUUGAAGAGAAAGAAUGAGGAGUUUGAUAUCAAGCAAUGGAAUCUUAGACCUGUCGAUCAUUCUCAGAUGAACUACGUGCCGUUUCGACGCAAUUUUUACAUAGAAGUGCCUGAAAUCGCCAAGAUGACCGAUGACGAAGUCAAGGAUUACAGGUCGACGUUGGAUGGAAUCAAAGUGCGAGGAAAACGCUGCCCGAAUCCAAUCAAGACUUGGUUUCAAUGUGGUCUCAGCGAUCGUGUCCUUGCUGUGAUCAAGAAGUUGAACUGGAAGAAGCCAACACCUAUUCAGUGUCAGGCGCUUCCUGUCAUCAUGAGUGGCAGAGAUUGUAUUGCCGUCGCAAAAACUGGAUCGGGAAAGACUGCAGGCUAUCUGCUUCCUUGCUUUCGCCAUGUGCUUGAUCAACCUGCUAUCGAGAUUGGUGAUGGACCAGUUGCGCUUGUUUUUACCCCAGCAAGAGAGUUGUGCAUUCAAGUCUUCUUACAAGCAAAACAUUUCUUUAAGCAUACCGGAGUUACAGGAUGUGCAGUCUAUGGUGGUGCACCAGUGGCAGACCAAAUUGCUGAGCUCAAAAAGGGGCCGCAGAUUGUGAUUUGCACUCCAGGCAGGAUGAUUGAUAUGCUUUGUGCCAAUGCUGGAAGAGUAACGAAUCUACGAAGAGUGACGUACUUGACCAUCGAUGAGGCUGACCGCAUGUUUGACUUGGGCUUUGAGCCACAGAUUACAAAGGUACUUGAGAAUACGAGACCAGAUCGCCAAACUGUCUUCUUCUCUGCUACAUUCCCCAAGCAGAUGGAAAAUUUGGCAAAGAAGCACUUGAGAAACCCCAUCGAGAUGGUUGUCGGCGGUCGAAGCGUAGUGUCUGAUACCAUCGAACAUUUUGUCGAGCUUCGUGAAGCGAGCACCCGCUUCCUACGCACUCUUGAGUUGCUUGGCGAGUGGUAUGAGAAAGGACAAAUUCUGCUGUUUGUGGAAAGACAGGAAAGCUGUGAUGAGCUGAUGGGUAUGCUAAUCAAGCAAGGGUACGCGGCCCUUACAUUGCAUGGUGGUAUGGACCAAGCAGACAGAGACUCGACCUUAGCAGAUUACAAGAAUCAAGUUGCCAACAUAUUGAUUGCAACCAGUCUUGCUGCGAGAGGCCUUGACGUCCCGGGGUUGAAUCUCGUCGUCAACUAUGAUGCUCCCUCGCACUAUGAGGACUAUGUGCAUCGAGUGGGACGUACGGGAAGAGCUGGGAGGAAGGGUACUGCGUACACUUUUGUUGACCCGUCGCAACGACAGCUCAUUCCUGAUCUUGUUCGCGCCUUGACACUUUCAAAUCGACCAGUCCCUAAGGAUCUGAGAGAUCUCGUAAACGAAAUCAAAGCCGAGAAGAAGAAGGGCAAUAAGGUUGCCAAAGGCUCAGGCUUUGGUGGCAAAGGGUAUAAGUUCGAUGAGGCUGAGCAAGCCAAGAUGAAAGAAGCAGCGGCGAGAUCAAGAAAGCAGUUGCUGCUUCAGAAUGGCGAAGAAGUAUCUGACGACGAAGAAGAGCCCAUGCAGGAUGAAGACUUUGAAGAGCAAGCUACCAAUCUCACUGUCCAACAUCAGCAAAAAGUGGCUGAUUGGUCGGCCAAGACGAUUGAGAAGGAAAGCAACAAGGCAUUCAAUGACUUGGUAAAAAAGGCGACAGGAGCUGGCGUUGCACAUCAACACCCGACUGCUGCACCUCAAGCCGGGCAAGCCGGAGGAGCACUUGUCACAAGCGACAUCGCUGCCCGCGCCAAGGCUGCUGCGGCUGCUCUUGGUCUCACCGCCUCGUCCGGUGGGGCAGCAGCUCCGAUGGCAGGAGGCGGAGCGUUGGUGACUACAGGAGGAAAUCCGCCGUCAGCCAUGCAAGCCAUGGAGGCUGCCAAGAGAGCAGCCGCGGCCUUGGGUCUCGGGGGCGAUGGGACAGAGAAUGAUCAUUAUUCAGAAGAGCUCGAGAUCAACGACUAUCCUCAGCACGCGAGAUGGAAGGCGACUCAUCGUGACAGCAUCACUCCCAUCAUUGAGUUCUGCGAUGUCUGCGUCACGGCAAAGGGCAUCUACGUGAAACCGGGCCUCAACCCCCCACCUGGCGAGAGGAAGCUUUAUCUGCUGGUGGAGGGAGAUUCAGAGAUGAAGGUCAAGAGCGCAAUCAAUCAGGAAAGUGUGCGGAGCCCAGGUGAACUCCGGGUAGACCAUGGCGUACGAGGUCGAACUCCCGCUGUGUGA